AACUCACCACCGUCUUCAUCUUCACGACCCUCGCGCCCCACCUUCUAUCGCAGUCAAAAUCACACCGUUCAUACUCCCCAAACGUCACAAUGGUCAAGCUCACCGAAGUCGAGGACGAGCACUUCGCCCAGGAGAAGCCUCAGCCCAGCAAGCACAACGUCCUUCUUGCCUCGGAUGACGAAGAGGAGGACGAUGACUACACUGACACCGAAUCCGAGAUCUCCACCGAGUCCUACGAAGAGCUCGAGAGCGAGACCCUGUACGACCGCAUCUAUGCCCUGAAGGACAUGCUCCCGCCCUCCGCUCGCCGCUCCCUCACCUCCACCGUCAACACGGUCACCUCGUUCACAAAGUCCAGCGUGACGUUCAGCGGCAAGGCGCUGUGGAUCAUCAGCACCAGCGCGUUCCUGCUGGGUGUGCCGUGGGCUCUGGCCUACGCCGAGGAGGAGCAGUACAUCCAGAUGGAGCGCGAGCAGGGCAUGAUCAAGGGUGCUAAUGAGAUGCUCACCCCCGGCGCUGCUCCUGCCGAGCAGCAGGCCCAGCCUACUCUGUAAAUGGCCCCCCAAAAACUGAAAAGGAAACAAUUCUCCGUCGCCGAAGGCCGCCAAAGAGGAAAAGAUCGCAACAAUGAGUGAUUGAGGAAGUGUGGAUCGAAAAGAACAACAACAGAUCUCUUCUUCUCCUGCGAUGAGAUCCGCUAUUCGUAUCGUCAUUCACCUUCAUUCCAUUCUCUUCCCUUCCGUGUAUAAACAAGACUCAUCCAGAUGGAACUCCAGGAUUUGCUGGGGCAGACGACGCAAAAAAUGUUAUAUACACUGUACAGAAUGGCCCUGGGGUAUGUGUUCCCCGGCCGGGGGAAGUGAAGAAUCAUGAUGUUCUUCUUCGUUUUCCACUUUUCCCUCAUAUUUUGUUCUCUUUCGGAAAUCUUUGGCCUUUGCUCAUCCCUCUUCCACCCUCCCGUUUCCUUGGGCGAUGUGUGUUGUAUUUGUAUAAUCGGCUUUUUUUUU